ACUCGAGUCUUACUCUUAAAGUCUUUACCAUGUUUACAUUGUGUUAUCUUUGUGUAAAGGGGGUAGUCAAACCACAUGGAAAGUAAGAUAACAGUUUGAUAUUCUCUUUAUUGCCCUCACGACAUUUUAUGUUUGCGCGCUAUUUCGGGUCACAUAGAAUGGCGAGUAGAGGGGCACUGGUCGUGUUAGAGGGAUGUGACCACAGUGGAAAAACAACGCAAUGUAAACGACUGGUGGAAUGUUUACGGCAAAAGAAUAUACCCGUCCAGCCAUUUCGAUUUCCAGACAGAACUACUGCUAUUGGUCAAAUGAUUAAUGGUUACCUUGGAAACAAACAGGAAAUUGAGGACCAUGCUGUUCAUUUGCUGUUUUCAGCCAAUCGAUGGGAGCUAGUUCCCAAGAUGAAGAAGCUCCUGGAGUCUGGCACCACUCUGAUUGUAGACAGAUACGCUUUCUCAGGUGUCGCAUUUACUGCUGCCAAACAGGGUUUUACGAUUGACUGGUGUAAACAACCGGACCUUGGGUUGCCUCGUCCUGAUCUGGUUUUGUAUCUUAACCUGAGUCCCGAGGCCGCAGCCAAGCGGGGAACGUUCGGCAGUGAGAGAUACGAACAGACAGACUUCCAGGUCAAAGUGGCGAACAACUUCCAACAACUGAAGGAACCCUACUGGCAGGAAAUUGAUGCUGACAAAACAGAAGAUGAUUUAUCAGCUGAGCUGACAGACAUUGUUUUAAACCUCAUAUCCUGUAUGGGGGAGGCGCCUUUAAAGAAACUGUGGUGUGACUAAGACUCUAAAAGGACCAUAAGUCUGGAAAAUAAAAGACAGAAUAAGAUUUACCUCAUUUUAUAACCCACUAUGAGUUCAAAUGAUUUUUUUUUGUUCCAGUAUGCAUGAUUUGUUGUAGACUUCAGUUAUUAUGUUCCAAGAAAAUCAAGCAUUUAAUUUAAUUAAUAUUUAAUUGUAAAAUUGAUGGGAUUGCAAAGCAGGCUAAUACCCUGUAAAAAUUCCCCAUACUAUUUGAAUCCAAGAUCUCAAAAAGUUGAUAUUUGUAUCACAAAUCUAUACAAUAUUAAAAAUAUAUAUACAA